GCGGGCGGGGCGGCGGGGCUGCGGCAGCGGCCGGGCGGGGCGGGGCGGGGCGGCGGCACCACCACCAUGUCGGAGGCGGCGGUGGCCGACACCCGGCGCCUCAACGCCAAGCCGCAGGACCUGACGGACGCGUACGGGCCGCCCAGCAACUUCCUCGAGAUCGACAUCUUCAACCCGCAGACCGUGGGCAUGGGCCGCGCCAGAUACACCAGCUACGAGCUCCGCAUGCGGACAAACCUCCCCAUCUUCAAACUGAAGGAGUCAUGUGUGAGGAGAAGAUACAGUGACUUUGAAUGGCUGAAGAAUGAGCUGGAGCGAGACAGUAAGAUUGUAGUGCCACCGCUGCCUGGAAAAGCUUUGAAACGACAGCUCCCAUUCCGAGGAGACGAAGGCAUCUUUGAGGAGUCCUUCAUUGAGGAGCGGAGACAAGGACUAGAACAGUUUAUUAACAAAAUUGCUGGACACCCACUGGCACAGAAUGAGCGCUGCUUACAUAUGUUCCUGCAAGAGGAGACUAUCGAUAGGAAUUACGUCCCAGGAAAAGUGCGCCAGUAGGAGCACCUGGCACUGUCUUCCUCCAUUCCACCCUCCCUCCUGCAAAAAUGACAUUUAUUUUUACACUAAAUCUGUCUCUUCUGAACCAGCUUUCCCUCUCUUGAACCUCCCAGUUUGUUCAGUAUUUUCCUCUUUUGUAACUGGCAGCAGUCUGUUCUACUGGGCUGUGGCCUUGGCCUAAAGGUAUGAAGAUUUAUGCAAGUGAAUGUGUUGCCCCGCACCUAGCAGCAGGUGUGAAUAGGUGUGGAGCAGGAACUUGCUUAUGGCAUUACGGUGUAUGAGCUGCCUCUCUCCCUGUGCAGAAAGGUGUGAGAUGACCUUCACUCCCCUGUCCAUGCAGCCCCCAGCAUCUCUGCAGGAGACUCUGAAGAAUAGAAAUUGUCAUGUUGGUCAGUGAGUGCAUCAAGUAUUAGAGUUUUAGUAAGGCUUAUCCAAAACAGCGAGUAGGUGCCUGGGUGUGUUGGUCCCUUGUCCACCCCGUUCACCCUGCAUGAAACCCCCGUUCUUCACUGUCUGGAGGUGCUGAGAUCAAGACUUACUCCAGCCCUGCUCUCGGCCUCCUGCAUUACAGGCCUGUUUGCUCUAUCAGUGUUAAUCCCCCUCCUUUCUAAUGUGCUGCUGGCAGCUGGGGGGGUUCGACCACAUGCGCUCUCCCGAGGCUCUGCCUGAGCAGUUUGGUGUGUGGACGCUGGGAUGGCCGGGGCUUUAGCAGUGUGUGCUGUGAUGCCUUGCCUGGGAUUUAAAAAUGCCACAGCUUGCUCUGCCGCAGGCUGGUGCGGUGGCAUUUCCAGCAGCACCCUGUUCAGCUGAGCUGUGGUGACCUUCUCCUGCACCCCAGUUGCGGAGGGGGAAGAGGCUGGUCUGGCUGAGGAAGAGCAGAGGAAGGCUAGCAGGGCGCUGUGGUGGUGUGCAGCGGGGAUGAGGGCGGCUGGCUGAGGAGCCCAGCCCUUGGACCUAGGGCGAGACCACCUCUCCAGAAAGGGAUGGCAGAAAGUGCUAGGUCAGUGCUGGCUUAGAUGCUUGCUUAUGCAACAGGAUAAGGACUGAUCACCCUUUGUUUUCCCCUGUCCUGUGAUGAGCUAGGCAGUCACUUGUGUUGAAGGGAAGACACAAGACUAGUCAAGGAACUGUUUGGAGCUUGAGAGGGACCACGGGGCUGUGACCUGCUGCACCACAACUGCCCUUUGGAGACUCCUCCAGCUUUCACAACUGCAAAAAGAGGUUCGGCCUCUGCUCUGGGGUUCGUCAGGUCGAUGUUAGCUGCUGACCGGUUCGUAAGCACUUGAUUGAUUUGUGGCAGCACAGUUGAGCCUGUCCUGGAGUAUAGGUCUACAGGGACUGACCUCCUGCUCCUACCAAGCAUGUCCCCUCAGGCCUCGGCAAUAUCCCGUGGGUUUUCUGGCAAGGAACUGGCACUUGUGGGUGAGAGGUGGGUCUGAGAGGGAAGGAUAAGUCACUGAAACCAGGAGGGAACUGCUCUGGGGGCUGGCUCAGCCUGGGGACGGCCGUGGGGGGCCAGGCUGCCAGAGGCGGCAGCGAUGCUUGCGGGGGGCUCGGCUUCCUCGGCCCGCGCUGCCGCUUGGCUGGGCGAGCUCUUGGCGCUGGCCGUGCCGCGGCCCCUCGUCCUGUGUAUCCCGCUGCGGGGCUGUAAUCCACCAAGCUGUCUACACCCUGUCCAGUGUAACGUCCCAGUUCCGUUCGCAUUAAACCACUGUGAAGCCA